AUGAACCGCCUAGUCUUGAACAAGGCAACCUCGUCGAACGACGAGCCCACGCCAGGAUACCUCUACAACGAAAUAUCGCAAAUGGCCUUCUGUUCCAAGGAGUCCAUGAACCUCGUGGGAGAGUACCUCCUAAAAAAGUUACAAAGGACAGACAUCAAUGUGAAGUUAAAAACGCUUAAAAUAUUGAAGCAUCUAUGUGAUAAUAAAAGAUCCGAUUUUCGUAAUUUUUUAAAAAAAAAAAUAGAAAUAAUAAAAGAUUGCCAAGCAUGCAAUAUAGUCCAUGAUGAGCUCAAGGGGGAGACUCCUUCCAUGUUGGUGAGGAAAGAAGCAUCGGAUUUGGUUAAGCUGAUUUAUUCUUAUGACGCUGCAGAGGCGGAUGGGAAAAGCGCGUCUAACAAUAGUCAGGAGAUGAUGAAAAAUAAUAGGAUACAGGGUUUCGGAAAUUCCCACUUUGAAAGGAACAACACUGCCAAUAGCGGUAUGCACAGCAACGUGCACAGCAGCGUGCACAAUAGUUAUGGAAUCCCCGCAGGGGGAAGUGGAGGAGCAGGCAAUACAUUCGACACAAACCCAGCUAACCAAAUGGGGAACAAUUUUAACGACCGAAAUAAUUACAUGAGCAAAAUGUCCGGGUUUGGCAACCCCUAUUUUAAGCAGAACCCUGGCCAAAAAACAAAAAGCGAAAUGGCUAUGCAGUAUCUAAACGAAGUGGCCAACAAAUAUAUCCCCUCCUCCUUUGUGAACAAAAUUAACAAGGUUAGUGCGUCUCUUUCGAAAAAUUACGCCAACGGAUCGCUAAACAUACAGAGCAUUAUGAACGGUAACGCCUUUAGCAGGAACGUGGAGCGGAACCGCGUUGGAAGGUCAACGGUAACUCAUCACGGUGGAGGUGGUUACCCUGGUAACGGGGGGAUGUAUCCCACGAACAGUAGCAACCAAAGCGGGAUUAGCAACUCCUUCGGUAGGCUACACCACAGUGGAGGCUUCCAAAACGUGAGGAGAGAGGACCUGGGAAGAAAACCACAGGAAUCACAAACGGCAGGAGUUUAUGAAAGAAAAGUAAUCGAAGAUGUGUUGAUCAACGCAGGAAUUAAUAAAGUACCUGCUGAAGGUCUGUUAAAUGAAUUUGCCCAGAAAUGUGAAACACUAGACACAAAACUUAUUGUGUCCAUUCUUACCUCCAAGCUGAGGUUAAAAUAUAUCAGUGAAGAGGACAACUGGAAAAAUAAAUUAAAGGUACUCUGUGCGAUAAAGCAUCUGCUGAUACAUAGGAAGAGGAAAGAAAAUGAAAAGGCAAUCGAAACGUUAGAAGUUCUUAUUCAAUGUUUGAAGGACCAAACUUUGGAAGAACUUUACCGAUGCAAAGAAAUUAAGCAUUUAAAAAAACAAGUUUUGGAAAUUUUUGUCUUGAUGGGUCUUCGGGCUAAGCAACCUAGUGAGGACGUACACAGGAGGGAACCCAUUUCCAGUGUGGAAGUCCCCAACCUACUCGACAUGGAUGACGAAGUGACGGUAAAUAUAACCAGUAGCAGUGGCAACGGUAGGAGGAACACCACCCACGGGGGGGGCACAACCAACACACAGGGUAGUUACCCCAUUACAGGUGACGUAUAUCCAAGCGGCUUCCACAAUGACAACACGUCGGCCAGCAGUUUGGACUUUCUCUCUCAUAGGGAAAACUACCCAACUGAACGAAGUAACCGAGAUAAUUUAAAAGUGGACCCCGUGGACGAUUUAAUAAUCCAUUUUGAUCACCUUUCCAUGGGGGCUCCUCCAAAUGUGGACGCCCCCCAAAGGAGAAGUAACAACAAAAGUGGAACAAACAACAGCGAACUGUUUAGCAGCCUCCAUGUGAAGUACCAACACGAAGGGGACACACGGCACACAUAUCGAAACAACGAUAUGAACUUUUCCACUGGGCAAAGCAUCCAAAAUGGAAAAAAGAAAAACCCAGUCGAAAUGUUAAGCAGUGCACGCACCCCUACUACACAAGGUAGUAGUAACCAAAUUAACCUAAACGAAACCAGUGAAAAUAAUCUGAUUUUUCUAGAAAAUAAUAACCAAGGGGGAAACACAAAAGGAGCCAUAGGAGUGGAAAAAAACCUUCCUCAUUUUAACGAGGCAAAUGAUUUCUUCUCCUUUGAUAACGCUACAGAUUCCCACUUUGCCGGUGCAACCUCAGUACGCAGUUGCGAAAAAGGACAAGUCCAGGGAUAUACACCCCCAUACGGAGCAGGCAUAAUGAAAAGUAAUAGUAAGUCCUAUGAUCAACCCCCCCAGGGGAACUAUCCCAAGAUGCAUUUAAAUGACCCAAAUAAAUCCGCGGGCAAAUUUCAGAGCCAACUAACCACCUCGGGGAAUUUUUCCAACACAGAUGACCAGAUAAAUAAUUUUUUUAACUCCUUUGCCAUUUCGUCGAAGAGAAAUGAAGAAGGAAGUAAAAAGCCCAGCGUGCAGAUUGACGCGUUUGAAUUGUUGGCUGAUGAGCUGAAGCUGUGA